UGUGAUAGUGGCCCGUCUCCCUGAUAGGUCGCCACCCCCUCUCCUGUAGCGAUAGACGCCUGCCUCUACUCUGUCAUGACAUGACGGGUGUCCCCGUUGCUCAGUAACUACCCCCCGCUAGUGGGGGUGCUGGACCCCCAGUGCCAUAGAGUGCGCGUCCCCAACUCCCUUGCUGCUGCUACUGCCUGUGUUGUUGUGAUACAGCAGCCAGCCCCCGUGCCUGUGUGAAGUUGGGCUGUAGCGAAUGUCCCCAGGGUCACGCAGUCUGAGACCGUUCCCUGGCACCAGAUGCGUUUUCAUGUCGCAGUAUAUAGCCCUGCACCACCUGUUACCUCCUCCGUGCGUGGCUGGCGCCCCCUGCCCCAUUGCAGCCUGCCCUGAGCGGUGGUGCUGUUGAACAUGCCUCUGUUUGUCUCCUGUUGCUGUUUGCUGCUGCUGCUCCCACGGUGACUUUUUUCCUCCUGGGUUCCCGUGAUGGGCUCUGGGAGCUGAUUCGCCGGAGAGAUUUUUUUCGGGGGGUAAGGGAAAAAGAGGAUGAGCCACGUGGGCAGCCCAGUGAAAGCCUAUGACUUCUUGCUGAAAUUUCUGCUGGUGGGGGACAGCGACGUGGGCAAAGGAGAGAUCCUGGCUAGCCUGCAGGAUGGAGCCACUGAAUCACCCUAUGGGUACAACAUGGGUAUUGAUUACAAGACGACAACAAUACUUCUGGAUGGCCGUCGAAUAAAAUUACAGCUGUGGGAUACAUCGGGACAAGGGAGAUUCUGCACCAUAUUUCGUUCCUAUUCAAGAGGUGCUCAGGGGGUGAUACUGGUAUAUGACAUUACAAAUCGCUGGUCAUUUGAUGGUAUUGAUCGAUGGAUAAAGGAGAUAGAUGAGCAUGCUCCCGGUGUACCUAAAAUCCUGGUUGGAAACCGCCUUCAUUUAGCCUUCAAGCGUCAAGUCUCCACUGAACAAGCACAAGCCUAUGCCGAGAGACUUGGCAUGACUUUUUUUGAAGUUAGCCCACUUUGUAACUUUAACAUCACAGAGUCUUUUACUGAGCUGGCAAGAAUAGUGUUAAUGAGACAUGGGAUGGACCGGCUCUGGAGGCCAAACAAGGUACUGAGUCUGCAAGAUCUCUGCUGCCGUGCCAUAGUUUCCUGCACCCCUGUGCAUCUUGUUGACAAACUCCCGCUCCCUGUUGCCUUACGAAGUCAUCUCAAAUCUUUCUCUAUGGCCAAUGGCCUUAAUGCCAGGAUGAUGCAUGGACGCUCCUACUCACUCACUGCCAGCAACAACAACAAAAGGAACAGCCUAAAGAAAGCUAAAAUUAUCCGUCCCCCACAGAGCCCACCAAAAAACUGUACGAGAAACAGCUGUAAAAUUUCCUAAACCUGAUGUGGCUGAAAAACAAGGUUGACUUUCCUCACGUGGAGCCUUGAACACAAGGAGUCCUGUUGAAUAGCUGAGCAUGCUCCGUGUAUCACAUGACAUUGACAAAAAUAAGGAAAGACUUAUUUUACAGUGUGCUCACUAUAACAAUGCUGCUUUGGAAUGAAUGAUGUGUUCUGUGCAACAGAAGUGGAUGUGACACUUUGCUUUUGGACUUUUAGAUUGGAAUUUUUGAUGUGCACAAUGCCUGUGUUUUGAGAUGUGUUUUUUAUAAAGGGAAUAAUUAUCAUUUUAUUGAGUUGUUAAUUACAAGAGAUCUUGGAAGUGACUUGUGUAAUUCACUAGAUCAAAAUCUAUUUUAUCACAAACUUCAUUUACAAAUAGGCAAAAAUUAGUGUGUCAGUUUGUAGAUUAAAGCAGAGAUUUUUUUUUAAAUGCAAUGUAUUGUAUACAUUGUACAUUUUACAAAUGGUGAGACAUUCUAGUACUAUUGAAGUAGUGGAUAUGAUUAUUUUUUGUACAACUUCCUUGGUAACCUCGAAGCACUAAUUUAACUAAGCUGCAAAUGUGUAUAUAGAAUAUUAUGCACAACAUGUUUUUGUCCCAUUAGUGUAUGAAGCAGAUUUGAUAAAGUUUUUGCUAUGUUAUUUAAUACU